AUGUGACCAGCUGCGCAUGGAGGUGAUCUGUGAGAAGGACUUAUUUAAAGUGAUGGUGGUGAAGGAGUAUUUUGAGUACAAUAAUAUCAGUCUGAGCAUGCUGCACCUGCUGAAUAUGAACUGCACUGCCAUUGAGGAAGAGCUGGAGGGGGUACUGUACUACACAGCUGCCAUGAAUAAUGAGAACUACACCAUGUGUGGAGGGCUGACACCGCAGGUUAAUAAGACUCAUAUCAUUUAUGCAAAUGUGCUGAGUUCUGGAGUCUGGCCAACAGAAGUUGUAGUGAGGAAACGACAGGUGGACGUGACGUUCCAUUGCGUCUAUCCUUAUGACAGGAUGGUCAGCCUCCCAAUCCCCAUCCGUCCUUCAAAGAGUGACUCGGUGAUUCGAAUGAACCAAAAAGAGGCCACAGUUGGGAUUGACAUCUACAAGGACGGCACCUACAAAGAUCCUUACACCACAGUGCCCACCCUGAAGCUCCAAAGCAGUGUCUACAUACAGAUCGGGAUCCUUGAGGAUGAUAGCUUCUUCCGGGUCCGUGUCAUUGACUGCUGGGCGUCGCAGUCCUCUGACCCCAACGCUGGACUGGUGGGCCCCAAACAGACUCUUAUCUCGGAUGGGUGCAAAGCAGAUCCGACACUGAAGUUCCAUAAUACAAAUGGAGGAGGCAGCUCUGUCCAGUUCAGCUUUGAAAUGUUCAGAUUUGUGGUCCAUCCCUUUGAGUGGUACUUGCACUGCAGAGUGCGUCUCUGUGUACCAGCCAGCGAGGAUACCUGCAUAGCAAUCUGCCGCACUAAGCGAUGGGAUCAAAGACAUGUUUUGGAGAGCGAGAGCGAGGGCCAGGGAAUGGUGUCAUAUGGUCCCAUUAAAGUCAAAAUGCCAGAGGACCAAAGACUCAACCUGCUGUUGGUGGCAGCAUUCCCUGCUGGUGCUGUGGUUCUUGUCAUCGUGUUUCUCUUCAUUCUGAUUGCGAUUGCUAAAGCUGCCAAUAAGAGAGCAUCCCAGCUGACCAUGAAGAUAAAGUCCUCUAGAAAUGUUACAUAGAGGAAUGACUUUUUUUUUUUUUUUUUUUAAUUGAACUCUCCUAUAUACUGAUAGUCCUGAGACUUGUCUUUUGUAAUACAGAGCAGUCAAUGGGUCAGUUUUUUUUUUUUGGGGAGGGUUAAGUGACUUUGAAAAAUAACAGCUUGUUGGGUUGAAGUCUCUCUUUUUUUUUUAAAAAAAAAAAAAAAAAAAAAAAAAUUAAAUA